AUGCGAUUUUCUUGCUUUUCACGCUCUUCUAUAAAUUGCGUCACUACUGAUAACCUGAUUUUCUCUUCACGAACAAAAUUUAUUUCUGCCUUAUGUUAUCCACGCGUAACCUCCGAGAACUUUAUUUGCUCAUCACAAGUAAACUUCACUUCAAUAUUACGAAAAUCACACGUAACUUUUCCAAUAAACAUUAUUAAAUUACAUCAUUCAUGCAGAACUUUUGAGAACUUUAUUACUAUACAAAAUGUUAAAAACGUCACGAGAAAAGAACAUAAUAAAGUGUUAGUUAAUACGCUUGCUGUCCAAAAUGCUUCUCAACAAAAACCGUUUCAAACAAAAUCCGAACCAAGAAAUUGGAUAAAUAAACCAAAAGCUGAUUUCUUUAAUGUGAACAAAUGUGACUCUAAUAUUCCAUCAAGAGAUUUGAAGAAGUUACCUUCGGAAAUUAACUUUAUACCAAAAGAUAUUUCAUUAGAAAGACAUAUUAAUUUUCAAAAAUUGGUUGAUGCUGUCGAUGAAUAUGGCCGUAAAUGGGAUUUUAUAUCAAAAGAAAUUUUCAAUUAUAAUUUCUCUCCUGAAUUAUUACAAUAUAGAUAUGAAAAUGCUAUUAAAUGCUUUGGUCCUAACUUUUGGACUACAAAAGAAACCAAAAAACUCAUAGAUGCAGUAUUAUCAUUCGGUGAAGAAUGGAAAUUAAUUUCAAGUGAUGUAUUCAAAUCCCGAAGACGAGCAUCUCAAUGCCGAUGUAAAUGGGAAAAAUUAACAUAUGGAAAAAUUUUGGAAAAUAGUUACUCGUCAGAAUAUAAAUGUCCACCACAAUAUCAAAACUCACAAAGUUUCCCACCGCGAAAUCAUGACCCACCAUUUUGCUCAUUAUUUUUUAAAAAUAGAAAACCAUUUCAUAUAAAAGAUAAUCCACUAUUAGAAUAUCUACCAGAAGAUCGAAAUCGAAAACGAAAUAAAUAUGAUUAUUUGUUUGAUGAUCUUUAUAAAGGCUGGACUGAUCAUGAUACUCAUACUCUCAUUAAAGUAGUAAAUCAACAUGGUGAAAAUUGGGAAUUAAUUACCAAAAAAUACUUCAUCGGAAAUUCUGUCUUAGGUUUGAAAUUAAAAUGGGCUAAAUUUGUUUCAUCCGAACGAAUUUCUAAAAAUGAAAAAGAUGAUUUAACGAACAAUACUAAAGAUAAAAAUAGAUCCGUGCAUUAG